AUGAAGUCUCUGGUCCAUGUGUGCUGCGUUCUGGCCCUGCUGGCUCUGUCUCCUACAGUGCCAGGCUCAUCCAUCCCCGAUGAAGACCCACUGUUACCUAUUCGGCUCACGGAGCCUGAGAGGAACCUCUUCUCUUGUGGAUGUGGCACAACAGAAGAUCACCCCAGCCAGAGUUCAUCAAAUGACACUCCAGCCCCAGAGAGGCCCAUAUGUCAACCCUGCACUCCAAUGCCAGCUGCGUCUGAGCAAGAGUCAGCCCCGCUCUUACAACGUGAAGAAGAAGAAUUAGCGGAGAAAGCGCAAACUGAGGCUUCUGCUAUUGAGUUAACAAGCAAUGAAGAGGAACAGGAGGAAUCUGCUCUAUAUAUUGCAGCACAGGAGGAAAACCAAACAGAGGUUACAUCUGUGACAGAAGUGAAUGAGAAUGAAGGAGUUGGUAAGGAUGUAUCUCCUGCAGAAGUGCAUACAGAUGAGGAGGACACAAGUAAAGACGCAAUAGAUGAAUUGCCAAAAGAUGAAGCAACUGUCCCUAACCAUGCAGAUUUUGGAGAGGAGGAGCUGGUUUUGGAAACAGAAGAGGAAACACAUGAAGAAGAUGUGGACAACGAAGGAAUAGAGCUAAAAGAUGUCGAGGAGGAGGAAACAUUGGAAGAAGCUGAAUCAGAGCAAGGGAACGUUCUUGAAAUGAAUGCUGAACCUGAUGAAUUACAAGUGUCUUCUGAAGCUGAAGUAGAGAUAUCAGAACAUGAAUCAGAACAUGAAGCUGAAACAGAAGUUAUUUUAGAUUCUGAAUCAGAACUUGAGGUUGAACCAGAAGUUAUAUUAGCACCUGAAGCAGAAUAUGAAUCUGAAUUAGAUGUGAUGUCAGAACCUGAAGAAGACGUGACAUCGGUUCUGGAAUCGGCAGUUGAAGUUGAAUCAGAAGUGACAACAGAACCUGAAGUGGAAUAUGAAACUGAAUCAGAAGCGACAUCUGAAACGGAACCUGAUUACAAAACGGAGCAAGAAAUGAUAUCAGAACCUGACAUAGAAGCAGAUCAAGCAGAAGUGAUUUCUGAAACUGAAGCAGACUAUGAAGCUGAACCAGAAGUGGUAUUUGAGCCUGUAGAAGAAACACCAGAAGUUUCUGAUAAUGACAUUGAUGUAAAUGCACCAGAGCUUGGACUUGUUUCUGAACCAGAAGCAAUUUCAGAGCCCGAAGAAGAGUCAGAAGUCAUUCAUAAAGUGGAGGUUGUUGAAGAAGUCCCACCAGAGUCUAUUGAAGAAGCAACUGUGGAAGAUCCAGGUGAAGAAACAUCUGAUGAAGUGCCAGAGGUGGAGGACAAUCCUGUGGAAGUAAAAGAAUCUGCACAAACCACAGGAGGAAAAAAUGAAGGUCCAACACUAAGAGACCGAUCCCAUAUUGAGGACACGCUACGACUGGCUGUUAAGGAAUCAUCAACCCAAUUGACUGCUGCAAUGACGAAGCUACUGAACAUCUACCACACAGCGAUCAAGCCAGUAGAGCAAGCCUUCAAAUACAAUGAACUUAGACAACAUGAAGUCACAGAUGGUGAGAUAACUUCUAAGCCCAUGAUUUUGUUCCUGGGACCCUGGAGUGUGGGCAAGUCCUCAAUGAUCAACUAUCUGCUCGGUCUUGAAGACGCCUCACAAGAACUCUACACAGGUGCGGAGCCCACAACCUCUGAAUAUACUGUAAUAAUGCACGGUGAGAAAUUUCGGACCAUAGAGGGCAUUGUUAUGGCAGCUGACAGCUCGCGUUCCUUCUCGCCUUUGGAGAAGUUCGGACAGGGCUUCCUGGAAAGGCUGGUGGGCUAUGAGAUGCCCCACAAGCUGCUGGAGAGGGUCACCAUUGUUGACACUCCUGGCAUCAUUGAGAAUCGGAAACAGCAGGAGAGAGGAUACCCUUACAACGAAGUGUGCCAGUGGUUCAUUGACCGAGCUGAUCUCAUCUUCCUGGUUUUUGAUCCCACCAAACUUGAUGUGGGAGGAGAACUGGAAAUGCUCUUCAGGCAGAUGAAGGGCCGUGAGUCCCAAAUCCGCAUCAUCCUCAACAAAGCUGACAGCCUCACCACUCAGGACCUGAUGAGGGUCUAUGGAGCCCUUUUCUGGAGCAUGGCACCCCUCAUCAAUGCUACAGAACCACCUCGGGUUUACGUGAGUUCUUUCUGGACUCAGGAAUAUGCAGUAGAUACCAGCCGGGAGCUAUUCAUGAAGGAGGAGACAUCUCUGCUGGAAGACUUGAACCAAGUGAUAGAAAACCAGAUUGAAAACAAGAUCGCAUUCAUCCGGCAGCACGGCAUCCGAGUGCGUAUUCACUCCCUCCUUGUCGACCGUUACCUUCAGACCUAUCACGAAAAGCUAGGCUGGUUUAGUGAUCCCUACGAGGUGUUCCAGGACAUUGUCACCGACCCAGAUAAGUACUAUAUCUUCAAGUCCAUUCUGGCCAAGACCAAUGUCAGCAAGUUUGACCUGCCCACCAAGGAAGCCUAUCAGGAUUUCUUUGGCGUGAAUCCAGUCUCCAACUUCCAGCAGCUCUCCUACCACUGCAGCUGGACGGGUGGUUGUAUGCUGGACCGUUUGGAGAAGGCCAUUUCGUACGAGCUCCCGGGUCUACUCAUGAGCGUCAGCAAGGAAACGCCGGCCCCUGCAAAGCAUGCGACUGUGCUCUCCGGCACCUGUGAGGGCCCUGAGUGUGAGGAGAAACCCAAAAAUCGUUGGAGGAAGCAUUGA